CAAUCCUUGAAGGUUCUGCAAGUAAUGCCGUGCAGAGGCUCGCCGGCUGAUCACCCAUCGGAGCUGCUCAAGUGUCCUGCUUUCAAACAUAAAGCGACAUGAAUUUCGGACAGGCGCCUCGGCCAACGAGCCAGAACCCGCCUGGGAAGGGCCUUCCCGCCGGGCGGAUCGCGUCGAAAGGGGGUAGAAUUGCAUCCAGUGGUAUGAGCAGGACGCCAUUAGGGGAGAGUUUGCAGGGAAAUGCCAGCGUGGGAAUCCCUCGGGAUUUGCCAGACCCAAACAACACUGGCAAGGGCGAGCGGCGUCGAAACGUUGCGGCCGCAGUGCGGUCAGCAGAUUCCACUACAGCAAAUGCUGGAGCACCACAGCGCGUGGCAGCACUGGCGCGUCGACCGCGCGUAUCGGCUGUCGGCUUGCCAGGUGCGGCUGCACCCUCGGCGGCCCUAUCUCCUGCCAUUCGAGUCGACAGCACCUCCUUUGAGGAGUGGAUGAAGAUGGCGACGGACAACAAGAUCAACUCCACAAACACAUGGAACUUUGCGCUCAUCGACUAUUUCCACGACAUGAGUCUCUUGCGCAAUGACUCGGGCGACGGCAGCAUCAAUUUUCAAAAGGCAAGCUGUACACUGGACGGGUGCAUUAAGGUCUGGACGAGCAGAGUCGACUCGGUAGUCGUCGAGACAGGGAGACUGCUCAACGGCCUGCAAGACGACUUGAAUGCAGGAAAGGAGAAAGGGAAGCGGGGCAAGGGGGAAGAAGGAGACGAUGAGGAUAUUGAGGACGGCACAGGGGACGAGGACGAUGAUGGAGGCGGCGUCGGGGGUAAGAAGCGCAAAAGGUCCAAGGCCAAGGAGUCAACCCUCGCCAAAGACUUCAGUCAGAUCCAAAUCAAGAAACUCGACCUUGAAUUCACCGUGGAUCCGCUCUUCAAAAAGACCAGCGCUGAUUUCGACGAGGGUGGCGCCGGUGGCCUGCUCAUGAAUCACCUCGGUGUGGACCACAACGCCAGAAUCGUGUUUGAUGCUGGAGACGCUGUGGGUAUUGCAGAUGACGAAGAUCCAGGAAUGGCGGAGAUCGCAGACGAGUCCUAUGAUGGGGCAGACGAUGCUGCCGGCGCAGCUGCAGCGGCAGGACCCGUGGCAGGCUUGAACGCCCCAAUCGAAAUGAUCGACAUAGGAAGGCUUCGUGCCAAGCUAUGCGGCAGUGAGGAUGUUGUAGAAACCGACACUUUGGCGCAGAUGCUCGCGCGGCGUACGAUCUGUCCGACAUUUGCGUCCUUCCGCUUUUCCAAAGACGACAUCUCGUUAUUCGAUGACCUUGCUGGCGGAGCAAAUGCGGAUGAUACUUUUGACAGUGCAGGCGAUGGUGGACUCAGUUUUGGCGGGAGCGGCGUUGGGUAUGACCAGUUGGCACAACUCGAGGAUAUGCCAGACUUUGGUGAAGCAGAUGGCGAAAUGGACUUUUUCGCGGAUGCAGGCCCUGGCACCAAUGGCCUCAGCGCCACAGACUAUGCAGCGGACAACUUUGACGACAUGGGCGACGACUACGGAAUGGAAACUGUGGCAGCCGGCACAGGUGGGCACGGACGGCUAGGCGACAGCAUGGUACCCAAUCGCAAUGGACCAGAUCUCUUCAUGGCGCUCGGAGAUAUUCGCGCUGCUGCGGAUGGCGAAGAUGGAAAUGGACUCUUCGAUUACUUCGACCAGAGGCUGGCGAAGAACUGGGCUGGGCCAGAGCACUGGAAGAUGAGGCGAGCUUUGCCGACGGGCAACAAGGAGAAUCCUGCUGGCCUUGGCGAUGCCGAGCGCGUCAAAGGCUCUAAGAAGAUCAAAGAGCCGUUCGUUAUCGACUUCUUGAGCGAGGAGGGGGCCAUUUCGACGAAGGAGCUAUUUGAAGCCGACAGUCGGGGUGCCAGUAUCAAUUUGCCCAAGAGGCCAAAAUCCACCAAGGCAGAUCUCUACUUGCUGCCAGAGGAUCGCCAUUUCAACUCAAAGCAGCUACUCCGCCUCUUCUCAAAGCCCCGGAUGGCGCUCAAUAUCCGGCGUCAUGGGGAUCGACUCCUCAUGCAAGACAUGCCUCAGGCGGACGAGGUAGAUCAGGACUUCUGGGCCCAAGCAGCCGCCACGCGUGAAGGCGCUGACGGUCCUGACUUUGACGAUUCUAUGUCGACGAGCGCUGCUCCAUAUGAGACGCAAUCACAAUACGAUUACAACGAUGAGCUCCCGCCAAUGGAAGACGGAGGGCCGAUCUCCUUCGGCAACGCGACGCAGGAGGUGGAUAUGGACGAAUCUGAGCUCAUGGGCCAAACGCUACGCAAGGUGAAACCCGAAUAUGUCAACUAUGCCAAGAAGGCGAAACGGGUCGACAUCCGCAAGCUCAAAGAGACCAUCUGGAAGGAAUUGGCGAUACCUCGUUCAUGUUCGGCAAGCGAUACUGAUGGAGAGUCUGGUCCUCCAACUCCUCAAGACGAGCCAAGAACAUUUUUAGAUGUUGUCAGCGGCUUGCGCAAAACAUACCCUAAGGAUAAGAUGGAGGAGAUCAGCACUUCCUUCUGUUUCAUCUGCCUUUUGCAUUUGGCCAACGAGGAGGGACUUUCUCUCAGUGCUUCCAUCGGACCGCAGGGUAGCUCUGGAGAGGACAGUUUCGCGUCCAGAACGGCUGCUUUAGACCUUAGCUCCGGCAAUGCAUUCGAGCACAUGGCCAAAGCUGGUCUCGGAAUUACGAGCAAUGACGUUGACGAUGCACUUGGCGGUGAAGAUGCGGCAGAUGGUGCCGAACGUAUCGGGGCUUUAGAAUGGGUUCGGAUUGAGAAGGACCCAAAUGCUGGUCGAAGUGCUUGACCUGCUCACUCUUUCUAUUUUCUCGGUUGGUUGUAUUAUACAGGCUAGUUGCGGUGCACUUUAUUCUGUUUGACUGA